UGUCACUCAUUCUUUGAACAGUGUGCUGGCGCUGAUCUUCUGCCGCUGCUACAUCGAUAAUCAACCAAUUUGCCAUACGAAAAAUAAAUAUCUAGCAAUAUGGGAAUGUAAUAUUUUUGAAAAUAUCAAGAACAAUAUCAAAAUAUCAAGAACAACCACAACAUUCUUCAUUAAGACAUUUGCGUGGUCUAAUCAAGGAGUUGCGAUGCUCCACGCAAAGGAUAUCAUCCUAGCCUUGCUUCUCGUGGGCUCUACAGUUUGUCUGGAAGUGGAGAUCACCCCCACCCAGGGAGAGAUCAGUGUCGGAGAGUCCAAGUUCUUUCUGUGUGAAAUUGUUGGGGUAGCAAAGGAGAUUGACUGGUAUUCUCCGAGCGGGGAGAGGAUAGAGCCCAACAAACCAGAGAUCACCGUAACCCGAAACGACGAGUCCUCGUCCACACUCACGCUCUACAAGGCCGGGGUGGACAGCGCUGGGACCUACAAGUGUCUGGCCACCAACGGAGACCAGUCAGCAGAAGCCACCGUCAACGUCAAGUUCUACCAAAGGAUCACCUUCAAGAACGCCCCCUCCCCCCAAGAGUUCAAUGAAGGGGACAACGCCAACAUUGUCUGUGACGUCAUCAGCUCCCCUCCCCCCACCAUCAUCUGGAAACACAAAGGAGUGAAGAUUCAGAUGGAGAAGGAUGUCCGCUUUAAGAUCCUGCCCAACAACCACCUGCAGAUCCGAGGCAUCAAGAAGACAGACGAGGGGUCGUACACCUGUGAGGGCCGCCUCAUGGCCCGGGGAGAGAUUGACCUCAAGAUCAUUAGGGUCAUCGUCAACGUGCUCCCUACCAUCCGGGUGUGGCAGUCUGAGGUGAAUGCCACAGCAGGCGUGGGCCAGUCUGCUAUGUUGACCUGUGCUGCUGAUGGAUACCCAGAGCCCAUGGUGACCUGGGCACGAGCCGGUGUUCUUCUGGAGUCAGGAGACAAGUACAGCUUUAAUAAGGACGGUUCAGAGAUGACCAUCAUGGAGGUAGCCAAGCUGGAUGAGGGAGAGUACACCUGCAUCGCUAAGAACAAGGCUGGGGAGAGCGAACAGGAAGUCAGCCUUAGAGUGUUUGUGAAACCUAAGAUCACCUUCCUGCUGAACCAGAGCACGUCUGAGAUGGCUGAGCAGGUGACUCUGACCUGUGAGGCGUCAGGGGACCCCACCCCCACCAUCAACUGGAGCUUUGGCCUGCGCCCCUUCACUGAGGGAGAGCAGGCACAUCUAAACAGGAUCUAUCAGGCCUCUUGGACUCGGCCCGAACAACACAAGAGUCUGGAUGGGAACGUCGUAGUGAGGAGUGAUGCUCGUGUGUCCUCCCUCACGCUGAAGUACGCCAAGUUCACCGACGCUGGCCAGUACCUCUGCUCUGCACGCAACGCCAUCGGAGUGGAUUCUCAACCCGCCUACCUGGAAGUCCGCUAUGCUCCUAAGAUCCAGGGCUCAGUGACAGUGUAUACCUGGGAGGGGAAUGCAGCUAACAUCAGCUGUGAGGUCCUGGCCCACCCCAGUGACGUUUCCAUGCUCUGGCUGAGGGACGGGUUUCAGCUUCCCAACGCUAACAUCACCAAAGCCAAGGUUUUCCAGAGCCCCACAGCCAGCUACCUGGAGGUCACUCCAGAGUCUGAGAAUGACUUCGGGAGCUACAACUGUACUGCUGCCAAUGAGAUGGGCACAGAAUCCAAGGAGUUUCUCCUCAUUCAGGCUGAUGUCCCGUCAGCCCCAUCCCUCGGGGAGGUGGAGCCGUUCUCCAGCUCAGCCAGGGUGGAGUUCCAGGAGCCUGAUGCCACCGGGGGUGUACCCGUCCUCCGGUACCGGGCUGAAUGGAAGACUGUGGGCAGGGGCAGCUGGGUGCAGAUGGUCUAUGACGUCCAAGGAGGAGCUCUGAGUGAAAUAACCAUCACAGGCCUGAAGCCUGAGACCAACUAUGAGGUGAAGAUGUCAGCCAUCAAUGGCAAGGGAGAGGGUGAAACUAGCCCCGUUGUGGUCUUCAAGACAGAACCUGUCCGUUAUUCUUACGCAAAUGGCAUUUUUCAUUUUUUCACUGAGGACUCAGAAGGGGAACCUGAACCGCCUAAGCUGGAGGGAACACUCCAAACCAAAGGCAACUCCCUCAAAGUCAACUGGCUCAAGCAGGACGAUGGAGGCUCACCCAUCACACACUACCUAGUCCGCUAUAAACCAAAGCAUCAGGCCGACUGGAAGCCAGAGAUCCGGCUGCCCGGUGGCAGUGAGUAUGUGGUUCUGAGCGGACUGGAGUGGAACACGGAGUACGAUGUGUUUGUGGUGGCAGAGAACCAACAGGGGAAGUCCCAACCUGGAACCCUGACCAUCAGAACCUCUCCAGAACCCGCUGCCAUCCCAGAUAUAGACGGGGAGUCUGCCCUCUCCACGGGCAUCAUGGCAGGGAUCCUCAUCUUGGCCUUCGUCCUGCUGCUCCUGGCUGUGGACGUCACCUGCUACUUCACCAACAAGUGUGGCCUCAUCAUGUGUCUGUGCUGCAAGCCAGGCAGCGGGGCCAAGGGACACAACCUAGAACAGGGCAAGGCUGCAUUCAUAAAGGAUGAGUCCAAAGAACCGAUAGUGGAGGUGAGGACAGAGGAUGAGUGCACAGCCAAUCACAACGCAGGAGGACCCACGGAACCCAGUGAGACCACACCCCUUACAGAGCCAGAGCUGGCCGCUCACACUGCUGCCCUGGCUCUGGAUACCCUCUCGUCUGUAGCCACCAUCUCUGACACAGCCAACACAACCUAUGACCCCGCCCAGGACAGCCCCUCUAGUGAGAGCACCGCUCUCACCUGUAGCCUGUCUGCCCUCGCUACUGACCCCCUGCCUGCCCCCGCCCCGGCACCCACCCCAGAGUCCAACACAGCCCCCCCAACCCCCUUCAUCUCCACCUCUGACAUCACAGCUAGAGUAGCCCCCCUGUUAGACCUUCUAGGAGACAGCUCUCCUAGAGCAGAGGACAAAAUGUAUGCCACUGCUGUUAGUGCCACAGAUUGCCCUAAAUCUCCCAAAAAUUCCCCUAUUCCAAUACCACCUAGGCGUCGAAACUCUAACAGACCUGCUCCUUCUCCUCCCACUCCCAAGAGCCCCACACCUACCCACUCCACCACCAUGGCCCCCAGGAAAUCUGCCCCGGAAAGUCCCUCUCUUGCCCCCUCCACUGCCUCUCCUAGUCCAAACACCAGGAAAGCUUCUCCUAUUGCCCUAGACAGCCCCUCUCCUGCUCCUAUGGCAUUCACUUUCCCAGCCUCUGACACCUCCACCUCUAAACUUGCACCUACUGCCACCAGCACUGCUAAACCUGUCCCUGUUACCCCUGUUCCUGUUACCCCUACUGUCCUGGGCUCUAGUACACCAGUCCCUGACCCUGACAAACCUGACUCUACUACCAAAGACACUCCCACUCCUGCCCCUAAUAUAGACCCCACUCCCACUACCACAUCUGUCCCUAGUGCUCCUACUACUGCCUUCAAUGCUGACAUAACUGCUGCUAUCGUUCACGAGGACACAAUCAAAUGUGCCCCUGUUUUCCCAGACAUUCUCACUAGUAUUCCAGUUCCCACAAGUGCCCCCACCACACCUGCCCCUAAUGCUUCCACUGCCCCGAGCUUUGCCACACCUGCUGCCCCCACGGUCACUAUCACACUGGCUUCUACUAUCUACGACACCCCAACACCCACCCUGACCCCCCACAUGCCCACCACCACAGCACCCCAAGCCCCAGAGAUAGAGUUAGAGUUGACCAAUGGGGUGGAGACUGAGAGCCCCUCCAUUCCCCCAGUAGAGCCCACUAGGUUUCAGAGUAGUCCCACUCCCUCCCCUGCCCCUGGCCUUUCCUCAUCCUCCUCCCCCCUGGCUAACGGAAACGGGUUUGGGGCAGACCUCCAGGCCUCAAGCCCCCCAGCUCUGGAGGAGUUAGACAGUCUGGCCAAGGCUGCUCCACUCAACGACGAGAAGAUAUUUGGAGGUGAGAAAAGUAAAGCGGAGGAGGCUGAGGUGAAGACAGCCCUGUCAGAGGGGACCACAGAACACAACAAUGUCACACAGAGAAACGCCAGCGACAACAAAGCAUGAUUGGGCAGCCUCAGCCCAUCCAAGAUGGCGGAGGCAGCAACACUCAUUACAGUCUGCAGCAGUUUUUCUUUCCAGUGCCCUUACUGCAUUUCCAGAACAGCAACAUGUGUCUGUGCAAUAGAGUUGAUUAGAGCACGAUCUGAUUGUGCAAACAUGUUUAUUCUCACGUAUGUUGUGUUUCGCUACACACAUGGAACACUAAAGAAUUCCAUUUGAGUGAUUUCAAGUGGUAUAGGAGGCAACAUUCUAGUUUUUACAACUACUCAGAGUUAUAAUUGUUUUCAGUGAGGAAAAACAAUGGAUUAUUCAGGAACAUAACACUGAGUGUAGAAAACAUUAGGAAUAUCUUCCUAAUAUUUAGUUAUACCCCCCUUUGCCCUCAGAAUAGCCUAAAUUCAUCGGGGCAUGGACUCAACAAGGUGUCGAAAGCCUUCCACAGGGAUGCUGGCCCAUGUUGACUCCAAUGCUUCCUGCAGUUGUGUCAAGUUGGUUGGAUGUCCUUUGGGUGUUGGACCAUUCUUGAUACACACGGGAAACUGUUGAGUGUGAAAACACAACAGCAUUGCGGUUCUUGACACACAGUGGGCCUGGUACCUACUACCAUACCCCGUUCAAAGGCACUUUAAUAUUUUGUCUUGCCUAUUCACCAUCUGAAUGACACACAUACACAAUCCAUGUCUCAAUUGUCUCAAGGCUUAAAAAUCCUUCUUUAACCUGUCUCCUCCUGUUCAUUUACACUGAUUGGAGUGGAUUUAACAAUUGACAUCAAAAGGGAUCAUAGCUUUCCUCUGGAUUUACCUGGUCAGUCUGUCAUGGAAAGAGAAUGAUGUUUUGUACACUCAGUCUAUAUAUACUGAAGAGAUUGACCAUGUAGACAUUAUUUUAUUAUUUCCAUGUUACAUUGUUCAAAUGUUUGAGGGCUAGUCUCAUCGAAUAGUCUCAUCGAAUAGUUUGUUUGCAUGUCUGAUUUGCAAAUGGUUCUUAAUGUUUUGUUUGAAACAUUUGACUGUUUUAAUAUUUAUGUCUGUAUUAGGGUGUGUUAUCAUACAGAUUGUUUCAAUGUUUCAAACAGAAGUUCAUGGAUUUGAUUUAACACCACUUCCCCAUGCUCCAAGGCAAGCUCUGAGUGACAGAGACAGACAGAAAGGAAGGUAGGGUUAUUUCUAGCUAGCAGCCCACAGUGCUGGGAAUGCUUGGGUUUCAGAGAAAGCCAUAUUAUCAUAGAUAUGUAUCAGGAGUUAUCAUAUGAGAUGUCUUCAACUCGCCUUACCUGGGGGUUCAGGAAAUGAAUACUGUAUUGUGCUAAAUGCAGAAGUACGUAUUGAGUGAAUAUUGUACUGGUAUUCACAAUGGAACACAAGAUCGAGCCAUGUGCAAGCGAUCCAGGGGUUCGCACAGAGAAAGGUUGUAGAGAAGAACGUUUAGUGAUCUAAGUGAAUGUCUCAUCAUGACCCAAGCACCACCACUUCCUUGUUUUAACAUCAACUAUGAUGAGUAUCUUAUCAUAUUCACAAGAAAACAAAGAAAAUGCCUGACAUUUAUCAUUUAGAAUCGUGUUUUUGAAGCAAAAAUCUUUUAAAGCAGUUUUUGUACUCUAUAUGGAAAGGUUUAUUUUCCACUCCUGACUGCGAGCUUGUGCACUGUGACUGUGUCAAUAGAUUGUCUUGUCGUCACUUUCAAUAAUAUCUGCAUAGCUUUGUCGUGAAAGGUUAACACAGCCUGGGGAGAUAUGUUGAGUUUUGGGCAUGAUGCAUACAAACGGUACUUUAUAAAAUAUGUGUAACAGAAUCCCAAACAGACAUGCCUAUGUUUGUUUAGGCAAUGCGAGUUUCAUAUUGAGUUAUGUGAGGGAGUUAUCAGAAUGAGGUCUGUUCAGGCCUAUAAAACGCUUUAUUUUAGUCUCCAGUUGUUGUUCAAGUGUUCUGUAAUGUUGUCUUUGAAUUGAUUUUGUUUUUGUACAAUAGCAGGCAUCAUGAGCUUGUUGCCUGUUGACUUUAUAAUCCCAGAGAUGGAGGGCAGGGUGGUAAUCUGACAACAGAAGAAAACAACACUCCAAAAUGUUAAUACUCUAUGUUGUUCUGCCACUUUCAUGUAAACAAUCAUUUCCCUCAGUACAUCAGUGGAAUAGGACAGUCAUGCCAGAACCUGUACAAUACAACCCUCUGCUGUUGUCAUCCUCCCACCCCGUCCCCUAUCUCUGGAGCCUCUUGGUUUUACUGGGUCAAACCCAGUGGACCGUUCUGCUCUCAGCGGUCUACAGUCAGAGUACUAACCCAUUUACAAAAUAAAACACGGUUUUGGAACCUCA